CGGAUAUAUUCAUAACUCGCGUUACAACAGAUGAUCGCUAAAUGGAAGGUCAUCGAAAAUCAUAAGAUAAUUCCGUGAAAUCUUUUCUUAUAGAGAGGUUAUAAUCUGUUCAAAAGUUUUAGGGCUAAAAGAAAAAUUCAAGAUGAGCAAGGACUAUGUUACGCUGGGUGUUCAACGAGAAUCUCUGAUAAAUAAUCCUCUUCUACAAAAGUCUGAACUUGGAAGACCACUGCGGCGUUGCUUUACCCUUCCCCCUGAUGGGUUUACUUAUGGAAAGCCAAAUGAAGGAAAGGACAGUGGUGCCGCUGAUGCACUUGUAUGGAGGUCUGCCCCACUGGCUCCCCUCUAUCUUAAGGAGAAAAAAGCUCCAAGAGAUUUUAUUGGAUUAAAUAAAGGUGCAGUUCAAGCCGGCCUUACAACAGCUCAUGAACAUUUUCAGUACCGUGCCACACAUGACAUGAGGAGGAAAGACUCUGGCAAUGAAAAGACAUCAUUGAAAGUUAAAAGAAUCCCACCUACAAUGGUCUUUGGUAUUCCUACAAAGCCUUCCACUCCAGUUUAUGAUCUUCUGGGACAUAAAUAUCAGGACCGCUGGAUAGAAGAAAGACGGAAAGCUGAGGGAGCAGCUAGAGCAAGGCAAGAGCAGAAGAGACACGUUGAUAAAACCAUCUAUGAGACAAGGACUUCACUGCUUAGAAAAUACCAACCCCCUGUGGAUCCAUCUCCACUAUGGCACAUGAAGAAGUUUGAAAAGAUCCCAGCUUAUCUCAGCACCUUUAGAUCAGAUCAAGCUAAAGAUUCUGCUUUCAAACACCAUGCAACAGACAGCACCUCACGACAGGGAGUUUUUGGUCAUGGAAUAUACGAACCUGCUAAGAGCUAAAUACCAAAACAACAAUUUUCAUCACGUUUAACCUUUAAAAAAAAAGAGUGGACAAAACAUUUUUAAAAAUAUUUUAAGUUAUGAUUCCAAAGAUGACUUAACCCAAGAGUGAAAAUCAACUUUUUUUUUCCAUCAAGAAUCUCCUAGAAGUUUUUUGAGCAUUAUUGUUUUAUGAUCACUCAAAGUUUUGUGCCUGUAAGGACUUGGAAAAAAAAGCAACCUGGAACCAAAGAGCUCUUUUCAGAUAUGAAAUGGUAAUUUUAUUAGCACAUACUGAAAAAAGUGCAAAUGAAUUUUAUUUGUACCCUUUGAUUCUCAAUCGAUAAUCUCAAUAAGUAACAGAGUUACACAAAGUCUGUUGCUGCUCAACAUUGUUCACUGAAAAACAAUUAUUUUUCCUCUUGCAACUGUUGUUUACAAAUAAAAACAAUUGAUGCACAUCUUGCCUUUAAUAAAUGUUUUGUAAAUACUAUCCACAAGAAU